AUGCCUGUUUUCUUCGCCAUAUGUUUCUGGCUUGUAUCAGAUAAAUAUCGAGACAUUCAACAGACUCGAAGAAGCGACUCUUCAAAUUGCGAGCUGGACGAAUUGCUGAAUACUAAAAGCGCGAAAGAACUCGAAUCAAAGCGAAAUCUGGAGGAAAUAGACAAGCUUCUUGGCACUCCAUCGAUCAAGGAGAAAAAUAACGCGCAAAAGUUCAAGUCGAACGACGGGCUAAAAAUUUUUUGCGAUUUUCAAACGAGGCGGCGUUGCCCGGUCCCAAACUGCCAGAAGAUUCACUUCAAAAAGAUCAUCAAGCCGCACACUCAAGAGCAUUUAGGGGAUUGUUCUUUCCUCAACAAUUGUUUCAACCAUGACACUUGUAAAUACGUCCAUUACGAAAUCGAGAAGGACUCCAAGGAAGAACAAAAAGCUCAAGAAUCACCAGAAACAGGUAAACACCAUCCCUUUCUCCCCCAUUUUAUCAAAAAUUCUAGCGAAAAAGCGCGGCCAAAAUGCGCUCCAGGAAUGAUCGAGCCCCAAUGGAUCAACUGCGAUAUUCGCCAUCUCGAUUUGACUGUACUUGGCAAGUAUACAGUAAUAAUGGCCGAUCCGCCGUGGGACAUUCACAUGGAACUGCCGUAUGGAACCAUGAAGGAUGAAGAAAUGCGCAACUUGAGAAUACAGGAUCUUUCAGACGACGGACUCUUCUUUCUUUGGGUAACUGGAAGAGCGAUGGAACUUGGGAGGGAGCUCCUGAGGCUUUGGGGAUACACUUGGAUCGAUGAAAUUACUUGGGUCAAGAUUAACCAGCUUCAACGACUCAUCCGCACAGGAAGAACUGGGCACUGGCUUAACCACGGAAAAGAACACUGCCUUGUCGGGAUUAAGGGUUCUCCUCCCAAUCUGAAUCGCGGACUCGACUGUGACGUACUUGUAGCUGAAGUUCGAGACACGAGUCAUAAACCCGACGAAAUUUAUGGAAUAAUUGAGCGUCUCACACCUGGAACAAAGAAGCUCGAGCUCUUCGGACGAAUGCACAACAUCCAGCCAAACUGGGUCACUGUAGGCAACCAGCUUGAAGGAGUCCACAUCCACGAUCAAGAGCUUGUUCGCUCUUUCCGUACCCGCUAUCCGGAUGGACAUGUUCGUCGACCAAAAAACUAA